UGCCUGACUGGCCAGCAAGGGCAGGGCCAGGGGGAUGCAGCAGCUGCCCCCUCCUCCUCUUCCUCCUCCUCCUCCUCUGCCACUGCCGGGACCUUUGGCCUUGCUGGGACCCACAGGGCAGUUUGCCAAAAGAAAGAAGACGUCUCUGUGGUUCACGGUCUCUCUUCUGGUCGUGUCAGUUUUCAUCCUGACCAUUGGCUUGGCGACCACCACCAGAACGGAGAACGUCACCGUGGGAGGCUACUACCCUGGAAUCAUCCUUGGCUUUGGAUCUUUCUUAGGGAUCAUCGGCAUCAAUUUGGUAGAGAACAGAAGGCAAAUGUUGGUAGCCUCGAUCGUAUUUAUCAGCUUCGGAGUGGUGGCGGCUUUCUGCUGUGCGAUAGUGGACGGGGUGUUUGCGGCUCGUCACAUUGAGCCAAGGCCUCUGAACACAGGAAGGUGCCAGUUCUAUUCGAGUGGGAUAGGAUUCGUCUAUGAUGUUUAUCAGACAGAGGUCAUGUGUCACACCUUGACGAGCAAGUGCCAGCUGAAGGUAAAAAGCAACACCUGCUACUGCUGUGACCUGUAUAACUGUGAAAACGCUGAGCAGUCCAGCAGCUACUACGAGUUCGUCGGCGUGAGCGGCUGUCAGGAUGUGCUCCAUCUUUACCGGCUGCUCUGGUCGUCCACGGUCCUAAACAUCAUCGGCUUGUUCCUGGGGAUCGUCACUGCCGCCGUCCUGGGGGCCUUUAAGGACAUGGCGCCCUUAUCCCAGCUGGCCUUCGGCUCGGCCCCGCCCGCUCAGAUGCUCUACAGCCCAGCCCAGCAGCGGGUCCUGACCUACGCGGGCUUCUGCCCUUCCGCGGCCGCCAUCCCCGCCUUCCCCUCCUAUCCCCUGCCCCUCCAGCCGGCCACCACCUUCCCAGCCUCGUCGCCCACGGAGGUGUCCGUCUCCGGUGACGCCCAGCCUCCGCUUCGGGCCGCCUCCGCGUACGGGCCCCUCCCCAACGCCCCAUCCCGCUCUCCCCCCACCUAUUUCCUCCCAGGGGAAAAACCCCCGCCCUACGCGCCCUGAACAGGCAGCAGAUUUCCAGGGUCGCCUCUUUGGGUUGGCUUGCUUUUUGGCCCGUCUUCUCAAAAAAAGAAAAAAUAAAGAAAAUCGGAGGCUCUCCCUCCCGGAAAUCUGCCGCCUCGGUUCCCCGCAGACGAUCCCGGACCGUCUUCCCGAGCCUCUCUCACCCGCUCGUGGGUGGAAGGGCAGAUAUGUCCAUAUCUGCCAUAUCUGUCAUUUAUUUAUUUAUACUGAUGUCUCUCCCCCGCCAUAAGGAUAAUA